AGUUCAGAUUUUAAUUAUUGUCUUUAUUUAUUUGGGGACUCAAGUAAAACAGGACCAACGCGCAUUGCAUCACCAUAAUAUGAAGACAGCAAGUGACCACAAAGUCAAAGGGCCAGCCUCUGUAACAUUCAUCUGACCAGAAUGAGACCUAGCCCGAGAAGGCCAUUGAUCCUAAAGAGGAGAAAGUUGCCUUUCCAGCUCAACGAACCGACACUUGAUGGCUCAAUUGAUGAGCCAGAUGGAUUACAGCGCAAGGAAGCAUCCAAAACCUUAGGAGGCCAGUGCUUCCCUGAUGGCAUCCGUGUAAUGGACCACCCCACUAUGCCUGACACCCAAGUGGUUGUCAUCCCCAAAACUGCAGAUCUUCAGAGUGUUAUUGGGGCCCUCUCUGCAAAGGGGAAGGAGUGUGGCCCUAAGGGUCCAACCAAAUUCAUUCUUCUAAGUGGUGGCACCUGUAUUGAGGAUGUUUCAAGUUCUUUCUGUCAAACAACAAAUACGGAAGGUCAGAGCUCUGGUAGGAUGAACAGGGAACUUGAUUGCUGUCCUCUAGAUGACAGUCUUACUAACAUCCAAUGGCUUGGGAGGAUGACUUCAGAUGGUCUGGGAUCAGAUGCUGAUAAGAACACUGCCAGCAAGGAGAACCAUGAUGCCUGCCAAAAGAUUAUUCAGUCAAGUGAGCAAAUGGAAGCACCUAGGGUUGUGAAAGACCCCUUGUCAGAAAGACCACCCUACUCAUACAUGGCAAUGAUUCAGUUUGCCAUUAACAGUAAGAAGAACAGGAGGAUGACUUUGAAAGAAAUCUAUACAUGGAUUGAGGACCACUUUCCAUAUUUCAGAAAAGUAGCCAAACCAGGCUGGAAGAAUUCCAUCCGCCACAAUCUCUCACUGCAUGACAUGUUUAUACGUGAGACUGUACAAGAUGGCAAAAUCUCUUACUGGACCAUCCGCCCAGAGGCCAAUCGCUGCCUUACUCUUGAUCAGGUUUACAAGACUGAGUGUGAUCCAACUUCAAUCUCGCCUAAGUCCAUGCAGGUCUUUGACCAACACCAGCAGAAGAGAGUUGUUCCUGAAGUCAAGAAGACAUCUGUCCAUAUCUCCGAGAGGAAGAUGAAGCCCCUUCUUCCUCGUGCAGACUCCUACCUGGUCCCCAUCCACCUGCCCCUUAACCAGUCACUUUUCCUGUCUUCGUCCGCACAUUUCCCACUUUCUGCGCCCCAACAGAAAGCCAGCUCCACAGGAGGGGGCAAGAGGGUCCGUAUCGCUCCCAAGGUUACACGUGGCGUCUCCACCGUGCCACCGAAUGCUCCUCCCAUUAAGGAAGAGCAGAUGUGUGUGUCCCUGACCUCCGUUACGCCGAGGGCUGUUCUGACCGACGCCAGGAGGGAAGUCCGCAGUUCCCGCCGCAAGCAGCGUCUUGUCCUACCUUCCAACGAGGAGCCUCUACUCCUGCUCCCCGACAGCACCUUCUUCGACUCGGGCCUGGCUUCCGACGGCUCUGCAUUUCAGGACACCCGGGAGGGUGAGCUCGACCCCCGUCCAGAGCACGACAGUCCCUGCAGGGAGCACUCAUUCAAGACCCCCAUUAAGAGCAGCCAUCCAGCCUCCUCCACCCCCAGUAAGCCGCCCACCGUGCCGCCCUGGAGGGUGACGCCUCUGGGUAAGGAGAGAGACAGCCUGCUGGACUUCAGUCCUAUCCGCACCCCCGGUCCCAGCGUCACCCCACAGCGCCAUGAACACACACCCUUCAGUUUCAGUAGUACUCCCUUCAAGGAGCUGCCCUUGUUCAACUCCCCUCGCGAGCUGCUCACCUCAGCACGCUCCGUCUCCACGGCUGCCCCCACCGGCACCUACUCCCCCGGGACAGAGCGUCCGUUGGGCUGCUCCAGGGAGCUCCAGGUCGGUGGUUCCUUCGCAGCCAAUCGCUCCCUAACAGAAGGCCUGGUCCUGGACACCAUGAACGACAGCCUGAGCAAAAUCUUAGUUGAUAUCAGCUUCUCUGGCAUGGAGGAUGAUGAUCUGGGUAUCGGGAACAUCAGUUGGUCUCAGCUCAUACCCGAACUCAAGUAG